AUAUGCCCUCGCUUGCUCACGCCCUGCCGCUUGAAUCUUCUCUGCUUUUUCUUGCCUGCUUUCUGGAUUGCUCGUUUUAACUCGCUGUUUCAUCUUCUUUGGGAUGAGGGGCUGUAAGGUUGGAUGUGCUUGGAUGCUUCGCUGAGACCUGUCUGUCUCAUUCUCUUUCCUUUAUAUCCCUCUCUGUCGACUGCAAGAACUCACGGUAAGGUGUGUCCUGGCCCCGGGCCUCCUCUGUGGAUGUCUGUCACCAUGGCAACGUUUGAAACAGGCCGCACAAGCCCAGUGGUCCGGCAAAUAGACAAGCAGUUCCUGGUGUGCAGUAUCUGUCUGGACCACUACCACAUCCCCAAAGUUCUGCCCUGCCUGCACACCUUCUGUGAAAGGUGCUUACAGAACUAUAUUCCUCCUCAGUCCCUGACACUGUCCUGCCCGGUGUGCAGACAGACCUCCAUCUUGCCGGAGAAAGGUGUGGCGGCACUGCAGAACAACUUCUUCAUUACAAACCUCAUGGAAGUGCUGCAGAGAGAUCCAGAAUGUUCUCAGCCAGAGGCUUGCAGUGUGCUGGAGUCCGUCAGUGUUGCGGCUGCUGGGAUACCGCUCACCUGCCCCAAUCAUGAGGGCAAGGUGAUGGAGUUUUACUGCGAGUCGUGUGAGACGGCCAUGUGCCUGGACUGCACUGAGGGAGAACACAGGGAGCAUGUGACCGUUCCGCUGCGGGAUGUUCUGGAACAGCACAAAGCAGCGCUAAAGAUCCAGCUGGAUGCCAUACGCAACAGGCUGCCCCAGCUAACAGCGGCCAUCGAGCUGGUGAAUGAGAUCUCUAAACAGCUGAUAGAAAGGAAGAGCGAAGCAGUCAAUGAGAUCAAUUUGACAUUUGAGGAGCUGGAGAGAGCACUGCACCAACGCAAAGCUGCACUCAUAACAGACAUGGAGAACAUCUGCAGCACCAAGCAGAAGGUUUUGCAGGCACAGUUAUCCUCCCUUCUGCAGGGAAAGGAGCACAUCCAGAGCAGCUGCAGUUUCACCGAGCAAGCCCUGAACCAUGGCAGUGCCACCGAAGUCCUACUGGUACAAAAACAGAUGAGCGAGCGUGUUGGCACCCUCGCCUGCCACGAAUUCCCUGAACGGCCGCAUGAGAACUCUCACUUGGACUGCCAGAUAGAAACAGAAGGCCUACGUCGCUCCAUUCAAAACCUUGGUGUGCUGCUGACGACGGGUGCUGUGGGACACAUGAGUGUAGCCACGGGCGAAGGGCUCAGACAUGCCCUGGUGGGUCAACACGUGACCGUAACUGUUACCACUAAGGAUAAGGACAGCGAACUUGUGCGAACUGGUAAUGCGGUGCUCCGAGGGGAGAUAACUGGGCAGGAGGGAGCACGGGUGACUGAAGUAGAAGUUGUGGACAAUAAAAAUGGAACUUAUGAGGUAGGGUACACACUUAAAAGUGAAGGAGAGUUUUUGUUUUCUCUGAUGCUGUACGGACAACCCGUGAGGGGCAGCCCAUUCAGGUUACGGGCGAUAAAGCAGUCCGAUGUGCCCCAGUCUCCGGACGAUGUGAAGAGGAGGGUAAAAUCACCCAGCGGGACAGGUGGGCACAUCAGGCAGAAAGCAAUGCGGAGACCCAACAGCAUGUACAGCACAACUAAGAAGAAGGAAAAUCCUAUUGAAGAUGAGCUGAUUUACAGAGUAGGCUCUCGGGGUAGAGAGAAGGGAGAGUUCACUAAUCUACAAGGCAUCUCUGCCUCCACCAGUGGGAGGGUCAUUGUAGCAGACAGCAACAACCAGUGUAUACAGGUGUUUACAAAUGAUGGCCUGUUCAAAGCACGCUUUGGGGUCAGAGGCCGCUCACCGGGUCAACUGCAGAGGCCAACAGGAGUGGCAGUUGACACAAACGGAGACAUUAUUGUAGCUGAUUAUGAUAACAGGUGGAUCAGCAUCUUUUCUCCUGAUGGAAAAUUCAAGAAUAAGAUCGGGGCUGGCCGUUUGAUGGGACCUAAGGGUGUGGCUGUGGAUAGGAAUGGUCAUAUCAUUGCAGUAGACAACAAGGCCUGCUGUGUUUUCAUCUUUCAGUCCAAUGGCAAACUAGUGACCAAGUUUGGAGCCAGAGGCAACUCAGACAGACAGUUUGCAGAAAAAAGUGUUGCAAAGUUUGCACUGGAGCAAAAGUUUAGUAAAUCUGGUCCUGUUUUCAGUCCACACUUUGUUGCUGUUAACAACAAAAAUGAAAUUGUUGUGACAGACUUCCAUAACCAUUCUGUUAAGGUCUACAGUGCGGAUGGGGAGUUUUUGUUUAAAUUUGGCUCCCAUGGAGAGGGAAAUGGCCAGUUUAAUGCUCCCACAGGGGUAGCUGUUGAUGUUAAUGGCAACAUCAUCGUAGCAGACUGGGGCAACAGCAGAAUACAGGUGUUUGACUGCUCAGGCUCAUUUCUCUCCUACAUCAACACAAGUGCUGAUCCCCUGUAUGGGCCGCAGGGUCUGGCUUUAACUUCUGAUGGCCAUGUUGUGGUGGCCGACUCUGGUAACCACUGCUUCAAAGUGUACCGUUAUCUGCAGUAAUGCACGAGGCCUUCUCCACCUCAGGACGUGCCACAGGGAGCCAAAACCUCUCCAGCAAUUUCAUCAAAAAUACUCCUAUCAGCUAAGUCCUCAUCUAAACCAGAGAGGAUGAAUCGAAUGAACAAAAAGCACUUUUCUUUACUCUUCUAAUUUUCAUGUUCCAAAAAGGACUGCCUCUCUACUAAACCAAGAAUGUUGAUUUGUAAAUAACAGAAACCAUAUCAAUAAGCACAGAUUCUUACUGGACAUCAACAUGUAAUUUAAAGUUGUGUAUAAAUAAAAUUAAUAUUUAGCAAAACAUUUUAUCCACGUUCUUUUAACCCUUCCAGAAACGUUAUUUCCACGAUUAUAAACUUGCUAAUAAAAUAAUUUACUAGAAUCAUAUCAGUUCCUAUCCUUUCCCAUAGUGAUCACUAAACUGCAAAAAAAAAAAAUCUGUAUAUUUGUCUUGUUUUCCAUUUAAAAAUAUCUAAACAUGCUUAUUAAGAGAUUUACUUGAGAAGAAAAACUUUAAGAUAAUAAGACUCUUCAGAGAAUUAUAUCUUUAUAUAUUUGUUUAAUGUUAUAUUAAAUAUUUUAAAUAUCAAUUACACUUAUAAAGUAUUAUAUACCGUUCCUAAAAUAAUUCUUAAAUCAUAAAAAAACACACAAAGGAACACUGCUAGUUUUAUGCAUCACACAAGAAAAAUCUAUUUGACAGUGCGGUAAAGUCACUGUCAAAUAGGUUCAUCUUGUUUUACUAAAGUUUAUGUAAUUUUACUGUAAAACAACACAAACACUGAUUUAAAUGACUUUUGCAUUCUAUACCCAACCACUGCAAGAGCAAAUGUGAAAUUUUGUUAUUGCUGUUAUGUUUUGCAUUUGUAAAUACUCAUUUGUGUACAUAUUGUAUUUGGUGUAUGUUUCCUGUAAAUGACACUUGCUUCUUGUAUUGUCCUAACUAUGACAGCAUUUACCACUAAGAUUUCAUUAUACCUGAGCCAAUCACAGUGAGCACUUUUUGUCAGCCUAUUGUUCAAAACAUGCGUACUGCAGCCUGUACCGCUGCACUCAUGGCACACAUCGACAGCACAGGAAGUGAAGCGCACCUCUACUGUGUGCUCAAACCAAUAGGAGCCAAAAAUGAAAUUAAUUUUUCUUUCAUUCCAAAUUUGUUUAAAGCACAAGGCUACUUAACAAGGAGUAACCCAACUAUUUCAAGUAUAUUGCUUCUGAUUUCUAAUGUUCUAUAAAGAUGCUUGCCUACAGAGAUAUAUAAAUAAUCAUUCAGAUGCAUUUAUCAUUCUGUUCUCUGUGUAGCAACCAAAUGUUGUCUUUAGUCAGUAUUACAGUUUUUAUUUAUGUUUUAUAAGAGUUUUUUUUUCUCCUAACAGUUUGUUUUCAUGUCCCACAUCUUCAUCGACAGCUAAAGAUAUAAAAUUAUUCCUCCUUUUAAUUGUG